AACCUUCCUCAUCCUCAACCCUCCACAAACACCUCCAACACUCCCACUCAUUCAACUCCUUCCAAACCCAAAGAAACCCCAACAAAAAAUGUCAGCCUGCAGCAAAAUCCGCCACAUCGUCAGACUCCGCCAGAUGUUGCGGAGGUGGCGCAAGAGGGCGGCGAUGGGCAGCGCCACCCGCCGCAGUAUCCCGUCUGACGUGCCUGCCGGACACGUGGCGGUGUGCGUGGGCGCCGGUUGCAGGAGAUUCGUGGUGCGCGCGUCGUACCUGAACCACCCCUUGUUCCGAAAGCUAUUGGUCCAGGCUGAGGAAGAGUACGGGUUCGCCAAUACGGGCCCGCUGACCAUUCCCUGCGACGAGUCCGUAUUCGAGGAGAUCCUGCGGUACUUGGCCCGGGCUGAGUCCAGUAACUCGGCCCGGUUUGCCAAACUUGAGGAUUUUCAGAGAUACUGCCACCUGGACUUCUGGCCCGAAUCUCGACCGCUCCUUAACGGGUUCGUUGAUAAGUCCAUUUGGUAAAUAGGGAAUGGGAUCCGCUCCGGUUCUCAUAUUGUCUGCCUAAUAAAAAUUCGUGAAAAGAAUAUUAUCAUCCUAUUACAAAAGGUGAUUAUAAAUACUGGAGUGAACAAACAAUAUGAGACAUAAGGAGAAAGCACGUUUGCACGCCCAUGUUGACUCGGUUGAUCGUCUAACUGAGUUUGGUGGUACUAGUUCACGGGAUGAAUAACUAUUUCUCGUUAUCAUUUGGUUAAGGUGAGGUGGUGGGGGUUUGAUUAAUUUUUCCUAUUAUAAAUUUUUUUAUGUAAUUUAUUUGGCGGUUCAAUGAGAUGGUAAGCUACUGAUGAAUUCACCAAGAGGAUGCACAAUGGAGAUGGCAAAUAGGUGGCCCGAGUUUACCGCCGAGUCAUCCCGAGUUUGAAUCGGAGUGGAAUAGCAACAGCAGAGACAGAGGGAGAUGGUACUGCAAUUUGCAGUUGAGGAACAAGAAAGGGAAAGUGUUUUGUUUUGUUUUGUUUUUUUUUAUAUUUAGAUUCUGUUACUUAUUGAUUUGAUUAAUAAUAUUGUAGAGAAAUAAUUGAAGCA